AUGGGUCUCUAUACAGAGCCACCCCCGCUUCGCUCUUUUCCGCAGGACAAGCCGUCAUUGCUAGUUUGCUGGUGGAUAACGUCAUUUUGCACUCUCAUCAUCCUUUUGCGGGUUGCUGGUCGCUUCAUUCGAACCGAAAGACUGUUCCAAGAGGACAAAGUUGCUGCACUUGCUCUGAUUCCUUUGUGGCUUCGGAUGGCUUGUGUUCAUUUUGUCCUUCUUUACGGAACCAAUAACGCUCAGCUCGACGACGGCUUGUCUUCGGAGGAUGCGUAUAGGAAACGAGUCGCAAGUGGUCUCGUACUUGCCAGCCGGAUUUUCUAUGCGGCGACAUUGUGGAUUCUCAAGAACACCAUUUUAGAGUUCUUCAAGCGCCUCACUGGCGUCACCUGGGCGCGUUCUUAUGAGCAGACGCUUGUUUUCAUCAGAUGUACCUUGGUUGCGACCUUUAUCGCAAUCAUUAUCAGCGACCUCGCAGAAUGCAGACCGUUCCACCAUUACUGGCAGGUCACCCCCGACCCGGGUGGGCAAUGUCGCCAAGGGUUCGCUCAUCUAAUUACAAUGGCGACAUGCAACAUCAUCACUGACGCACUACUCGUCUUCUUCCCUAUUCCGAUCAUUCUGCGAAGUCAAAUGGGCCCAAAGAGAAAGGUCCAACUUACUCUGCUCUUCUCCCUCAGCUUGGCGGUCAUCGGCGUCACCAUCUAUCGAGUAACUCACGUUAUGAGAGAGCACGGACAGCAGCAACUCCGAUCUGUGCUUGCCUCUGUUGAACUCUUGUUCGCGACUACGGCAGCAAACGCUCUGGUACUCGGUUCGUUUGUGCGCGACCGUGGCAUCAAAAAACAAAAGUUCAAGUACGGUUCAGUUGCGGCAGACUCCAUGGACCGGAGCUCCGAUUCUCGUCGUCCGACCCUUCACCGGCAUUGGGGCAGCGAUGAAGAUUUGGUACGCGAUGUCGGUCUCGCAGUUGAUCCUGGCCUGCGAGAGCUGCCCGACGUACACGAUGACCCCGAUGGCGACACUACACGUUACACUCCUGCUCCAGUCGCAAGGCCUUUCGGCGAAGACUUGAGAAAUUGGCAGUUUCCCCAACGAAAACGAAGCAAUGCCGAGCGCAGUGAUGCUUCUCUGCUACCCCAUGACCAGCUCUCGUCCUCUCGAAGCAACUCGACGGCCACCCCGCGGAGGGUUUCGUUUUUCGAUGUCGGAGGUCUUUUGUCGGAAGACCAGGUUGGAGGGAGCCCUACUUAUCGAAGAGACAGUUUCGUCUCAAGCGUGGAUCCUAUAUCAUCAAACGGACACGGUAUACCGUCGCCUACACUUCCUGCUCCAUCAACCGGUCUGCGGCGUGGUUCUACAGCACUCCUGCAAGACCUUGGAGGACUGCUCGGGCCGAUCAACACGAAACAGUCACGGCAGAGGGCAAGGAGCGGUACCGAGCUGCAGACCAUCCCUCAAUCACAAUAUGAUGAUCAUCCGUCGUACAAUCCGCGUCCCGGCGAGCCAACUCUUAUGGACGCGGGAGGCCUUUUGAAGUAG